AUGAGUAAAGAUUUAAUAGAUGGAUCUAUUUUACAUUGUUUAGAAACGGCAACUUUAGGUUUGCCAUUAGAAGUAUGGAAAACAAGAAUGUGUAUUUAUAGAAAUGAGAAUACAAUAAAAUCCUUUAAAAAUAUUUAUAAUAAGGGAUUAGGUCAAUUUUAUGCUGGUUUUUAUGCAAAACUAGUAGAAAGUGCUAGUAAAGGAGCAGUUUUAUUAUUAUCAAAAGAACAGAUAAUAAAUUUUUGCAAUAAUUUAAAUAUUAAUAAAACAACUAGUGGUUUUAUUGGAGGAGCUUGUGGUGGUAUUUGCCAAUCGUUAGUUAUGACACCUUGCACUUUUUUUAUAACAGCUAGUAUUGAUAAAAAAAUUAACUAUAAAGAAAAAAUUGUUUACAUUUUAAAAAAUACAGGAAUUAAAACUUUAUAUAAAGGUAAUAGUGCAAUGUGUUUAAGACAGGGAACCAAUUGGGCAAGUAGACAAGGAAUUACUGAAUGGAUAAGAACUAAGGUUAUUCAAAAAAAGAACAAAAAAGAAGAGAAAAAAAUUAAAAAAAUUGAUGACAUAAAUAAUAUAAAAAGUGUAAACGAUUCUAGCAAUUUCAGUUUAACAAAUGAAAAUAUUAUUAAAAAAAAGGAAAACUCAUAUAAUUUAACCACAUUUGAAGAAAUUAUUUGUGGCAUUAUUGGUGGUGCGCUGUCAGUAUGGAAUAAUCCGUUUGAUGUUAUCAGAGUACAUAUGCAAAAUAAUGCAAACAAUAAUAUUAAGUUAACAUUUUUUCAAUCGUUUACUAAUUUAUAUAAAGAAGGAGGUAUACUUUACUUAUAUAAAGGUGUUAUACCUCGCUGCCUUCUGUGCAUUUGGCAGACAUUAUUUAUGGUUACUGGUGUUAAGAUUUUAAAUAAAUAUUUUUAA